ACUAAACAACUGGCCGUGUUAAGCAUGAAAACAUAUUUUCUAGCAAAUAUUUGUGCCGGUCGUAAAUAUCUUUAAUAUCUUUGUUUUAAAUGUAUUAAACAAAAAUGUUUAAAAUUUCUAUAGUAUUAUGUCUAUUAUCCUUCGUGGCAAUUGGUUGUUUGUGUGCUGAAAAGACUGAUAAUUUACCAGAGAAAUUUGUGCAGGAAGUACAGCGUUCCACUCAUACGAACAAUUGGGCUGUACUGGUCGAUGCUUCGCGUUUUUGGUUUAACUAUCGACAUGUAGCAAAUGUAUUAUCAAUAUAUCGUUCAGUGAAACGUUUGGGUAUACCAGAUUCACAAAUUAUACUUAUGAUCGCUGAUGAUAUGGCUUGUAAUCCACGUAAUCCAAGACCGGGUCAAGUUUAUAAUAAUGCAAAUCAACAUAUAAAUGUUUAUGGUGAUGAUGUUGAAGUGGAUUAUCGUGGUUAUGAGGUGACUGUAGAGAAUUUUGUACGUUUAUUAACUGGACGCUCACAAAAUUCUACAGCACGUUCCAAAAAACUGCUCACCGAUGCUGGCAGUAAUGUUUUAAUUUAUUUGACUGGGCAUGGCGGCGAUGGUUUUCUCAAAUUUCAAGAUUCUGAAGAGAUUACCAGUCAAGAAUUGGCAGAUGCUGUUGAACAAAUGUGGGAAAAGAAACGUUACAACGAAUUGUUUUUAAUGGUUGAUACAUGUCAAGCUGCUUCACUGUAUGAAAAAUUCACUUCACCCAAUGUUUUAGCUGUUGCUAGUAGUUUAGUUGGCGAAGAUUCACUUUCGCAUCAUGUUGAUCCAUCCAUUGGUGUUUAUAUGAUUGAUCGUUACACUUACUAUGCGCUUGAGUUCUUGGAAAAAGUGCAGCCAAAUAGUCAGAAAACUAUGGGUGAAUUUUUACAAGUUUGUCCCAAACGUGUUUGCAUAUCAACUGUUGGUGUACGUAAGGAUCUAUAUAAUCGCGAUCCUAAUAAAGUGCCAAUUACUGAUUUCUUUGGUUCUAUACGUCCUACUGAAAUAUCAACUGGACGUGUUAAUAUAACACUAGCAGAAGAAGAAGAUUUUAUUAAUGCCGCUAUUGAGGCUGAAGCAGCAGCUUUGAAACAAAAUGAUUUUAAAAUACAAUUCGAACCACAAUUUCCAAGUGAUUUAUUUAAAUAAAAUUCAACAUUCCAAGCAAAGUAUUAAUAAUAAAUUUUUUUUCAAUUUACCAAAAACAACAAAUAAGUUACACAUUGAGUUAAUUAAUUGACACAGCUUGAAUUACAUAUGAUUUGCAUAGUUAAAAUUAGUUCACACAAAACACAGCUGUAAGUUAAGAAACGAAUAAGCAACUUUUUAAUCUGAAUCAUAAGGACGAGAUGAAUAUGAAGAGAUUUUUAAAGAAGGACUACAUCAACGAUUUGGAAUAUAUCUAAAACAAUUUUGACUCCCAAUCUAGAAGAACGUUCCAUCAAACUAACAGAACUGGUGCUUCUUGUGUUUGUGAAGUUUUACUUGCGGUCACACUGUCUUCCUAAAGGAAUAUGUAUAUUAUAUACUGCAAUAAAG